AUGUGCACCGUUUUGAAUGUCAAAUUCACAUGUUGCGUUCGAUUUGUAUUUUUGUCGAAAUGAAGAGUGAGAUACCCACGUAAAAAUAUAUCUGAUAUAGGACUAAUAGUGCUGAAUAGAAUGAGCCGAAACAGAGUUCUGCAAUGGGGUUGCAUGAGCAGAAACUGGUGGCUGUAUGAUGCAAAGUAUCAGUGUCCAUUCAGAUCAGCAGAAAAGCUGUGCAUGUAUUUGGAGGGAAGACACAAACCACUAUAUCAUCCUUUGUCGGAUGUCGGGGACCAUGUUGUUGUUAUCAACACGCAACAUAUAGCGAUGGUGGAUGAUAUGUGGCGUAAACACCACUUUGAACUUGACACCAGAUUUGCUGGAGGAAAAUCAAGAACAACCUCCUGGCUGUUACAUGAAGCAGACCCUACAAAGGUGUUGUACAAGACAGUAUUCAAAGCCGGGCCGAAAAACCUUCUGAGGCCAAACAUGAUGAAGAGACUGCAUUUGUUCCCAGAUGAACAUGUUCCUGAUGAAAUCAUGGAAAACGUGUCGGACGUCAUUCGUCAGAUUCAGGUCGUUCCUAAAACCCUUGACUCAUUCUCCGAAGAAGAAGUUAAAUCCUUCCCCAAACUCUUUGACUGGCCUAAAGACCAUAUAAUGUUCAAGAGAAGACCGUUGGAAGACGUUGUGAAGGAACAAGAAAAGCUGAAUCCUCAGAAAAGUGCAAAGAAAAAGUGAACCUGACUUUUGACCAGUCCUUGUCAUUAUGUGAACAGUGAUUGUGUUUAUUUUCAAGCCACAGGACAGCGAAUUUAAAAAAAAAAUAUUGAUUAAAGAAUAUUUUAAUUAAAAGGGACUUAACUCAAGUUUUAUGGGUCAGACAUCGAAAGUUAAAUUUAGUGUGAAGUGUGAACAAAAUGCUUGAAACAAAACAUCAUGAGAAAUGUAAAUAAGAGCAUUAGUUGAACAUUGGAUUUUGCUGAAAAGUGUGAGUUGAAAAUUGAAUGAAAUUAGGGAUUGAUUGAGAAAAUUCUGUUUAAAUAAAUAUUUGCCAGUAGCUGUUUGGUGUUGUUCAUAAUAAUAUUAAAAGUAAAAUAAUUUGAUCAAAGUUUGAAAAAAAAUGUUGCCGGCAUAAAAUCUGUGAGCAAGUCCCUUCAAGGAAAGGCACUGCUGUUUGUGAAACAUGUAUAGUGACAAUGCUGGAUUGUGAUUAUGAACUAUUAUUGUGUUCAGUGAUAAAACAUGUCAGUUUGUGAAAAUGGUGUUAUGUGUUUUCAUGGACAUAAACAAGACAGAAGUAUUUUGAUAUGAUUAUUGUUUUGAAAUAAUUGUUUCCUGUGUGUAAUUACAUGCAUAAAACGAAAGAGAAUAAAAGUAUGAAAUAAA